ACCCAGCGCGUAUAUAUGUAUGUGCGCACUGAUCUCCUGCGUACAACAGACCACACCCACCACCUGUUCGAUAGAGUUCCUCUGACGGCAGCAAUGGAGGCCGCAUCACUCUUGUCGCUCCUCUUCGUCCUCCUCUGCUCCUCUGUUUCCUCUGCUCGCGCCGCGAGGAGCUUGACCGCUUUCAUGCCUCCGCCCAUUCCCUUCCUGCCGCCGAAGCCCUCGCUGCCGAAUAUCCCUUCGCUUCUGCCUCCGAUCCCCUUCCUCCCGCCCAACCCACUGUUUCCGAGGGGGCCUAUCCUCCCUCCGAUUCCCUUCCUGCCACCGAUCCCCUCACUUCUGCCGCCGUCGAUCCCGUCACUUCUGCCGCCGUCGAUCCCCUCACUUCUGCCUCCGUCGAUCCCCUCACUUCUUCCGCCAUCGAUCCCCUCACUUCUUCCGCCGUCGAUCCCCUCACUUCUGCCUCCGUCGAUCCCCUCACUUCUUCCGCCAUCGAUCCCCUCACUUCUUCCGCCGUCGAUCCCCUCACUUCUGCCGCCGAACCCACUGUUGCCGCCAUCGACGCCGUCGUCAACGACGCCGUCUAUCCUGCCUCCGAUUCCCUUCCUGACGCCAUCGUCGCCGUCUUCGUCGCCGCCCUCGACGCCGUCUAUCCUGCCUCCGAUUCCCUUGCUGCCGCCAUCGUCGACGCCGUCACUUCUUCCGCCGCUUCCUCGGAUCCCCGGCUUGCCGGUGCCCUGAACCUCCACUUAUCGCCACGCCUAAGCCCAUGAAGACAAAGCUAUAUAAUUAACGAACGUUAAUAAAAGAAUAUUCCUAAUGUAACUGUUUUAAUUAUACUAGUCCCGGAACGCUCUAAUUUACGAAUAAAACAAUAAUUGAUAUUUCCUUUUUUA